UUAAUGCGGGAAAUUUUUGUUUUUGUCGUUUCAUGGUAGAAUUUUCAGAUUUUCAAGAAGAAAAUUAAGACGAUGUCGAAGUCACAACGCACUCCAAAGAAUAGCCGCUUAUCACAGAUAAACGCAACUUUACAUAAUGCAAGUGUUGAUCGCAAAAGAGAAUUGCAAUCUUUAUUGGCACAAGGAAUCACGUUGAAUGAAAAUAUCGAAAACAAAGAUUCCGACGAAGUUUUGAAAGAAGUGAGAGCUAUCAUCGAGCGUGCAAACGAACUUUCCAAAGAGUGUUCAGAUGCCUUGGUUGCUUCAAAAGACAAUACAGAAGUCAUCUUCACUGCAAGCGAGAACGUCGUUGAUGCUUCCGUUUUGAAAAUCGGACACGAAAUUGUCGGAAAUAUCGCUGCAAGACUCGGGCACAGAGAAUUCUCGGAAGCUGCACAUGCCGAAAAAAUUUGCUCACAAAUUCGUGAAGGCGGAAAACUUAAUUGGAACAAGUAUGGCGAGAUGAUUUUUGAUAAAAUCAAAUGCCCGCGAUUCGGAGUCUCCUUUUUGGGCACAUUUGAUGGUCAAGCAGAAGCAAUGGUGCAUCCAAAGAAGGAACGUGUCAUGCGUCAAAAAGCUGAAAUUGGUGAGAUGAAACGCCCCGAAAAGGUAACAACGUUGGAGAAGGAAGAAAAGGGCGCACAAUUGCUUCAACAAGUACGCACACAGAUCGAAAGUGAAUAUUUGCGACGAGGAAAUGUGCCGUUUCCCUAUUACGAGUUGAUUUUGGAUCGUGAUGAUUUUAUGCAUACUGUUGAUAAUGCAUUUCAUGUUGCUUUUCUCGUGCGCGAUGGUCAUGUAGGUCUUGCAUGCGACGAAAAUGACGAUCCGAUCGUUUAUGUACCAACAAAGACGCAAAAACAGCUUAAGGAACACGAAAAAUCGACGAAACAAGCCAUUGUAGGUCUAAAUUACGGCAAAUGGCUCAAGGCAAAAGAACAUUACGGCGAAAAUGAACCAAUUCUAAAGUUGGAUCGUUCGGAGCUUAUCACUUCGACUCAAGCUACGCAACAAACAUAAUCCCUUAAUAUGAAGACUGUGAACUAUUUAGAGCUUAAGUUAUCGUACUGCGCGAAUUUUGAAUGAAUGAAGAUUGGAUUUGUUAAAAAUAAAUCAGAUUUUUAAUAAACAUGAAUGU